GCGGAGCGGCAACAUGGCGGCGCCGGGGUCUGGUGAUCCUCUUGAUGCGAAGAAUGAAAAGGCCCCGUUCGCUCAGCGCAUCGACCCGACACGGGAGAAACUGACUCCCGCGCAACUGCAUUUCAUGCGGCAAGUGCAACUUGCACAGUGGCAGAAGACGUUGCCACAGCGGCGGACCCGGAACAUCGUGACCGGCUUAGGCAUCGGUGCCCUGGUGUUAGCUAUUUAUGGCUACACCUUCUACUCGGUGUCCCAGGAGCGUUUCCUUGAUGAGUUGGAAGAUGAAGCCAAAGCUGCCAGAGCCCGAGCUCUAGCAAGGGCGUCAGGACCCUGAACUGGAUGGACAUUAGAUAUCUUUAGCCCACUGGAGCCCCUUCCUAUGAUGAAUGAUGCCCCAUGACCCUGUAGAAAUUUUGGUGUUGGGAGACCAUGCUCACAACAUCACUGGCCUAUUUACUAACUUUGGACCAUGAUUGAGCCCCAGAAGCCAUAGACUAUGCUUCUAUGGCUAUUUGGCCUCUGUCAGUGGAAUAUUGCCCAUUUCACAUGCACGGUGUACAGUUAUUGAGCCCUUCUUGCUUGUUUCCUUGUUUGAGAGGUAUGCAACCUUGACUUUCCCCAAACUUUCUAACUUUGUGGUUUGCCCCUUCACUUCCCAGGGGCCCAGCUGUAAUGCGGGUGGGGGUGGUAGCUCUGUACAGUGCUGGAGCAUAAAGUGGGAAAAGAUAGGGCCAAGUUAAGAAUAAUAAACUGAAUCAUCUC